CUCUUCAUACAAUUGUCUGUAGUUUUCACUGUGUUGUUGAAACUCCGAAAUGGCUCUCAAGGCUGAUCUUUGCAGUGUCAUGCAUGCUAAGAUGCUCCCUGGGAAGUGUUUAAGGUUCAAUCAUUCUGGCUCACGGAUCUUCAGUAAUCUGAGCUUCAGAAACAAGGCGCCGACGUCCCUGCCGUGUUUUUCUUUGAGAAAUGAGAAACAGCAUUCCAAGUAUAACCACAAGGUUCUCGGCAUGUCUGCACGCGGAGCUACAAAACUUAAUGCUGCAGUCAUCCCUUUAGAAGCUGGGGAGACUAGAGAAAUACCUUCGAGUACUUACAAAACAACAGUUGUCUCAGUAGAGACUCUUGUUGGCCCCAAAGGCGGCCUCGGAGAGAUCUGCCAUAUUGUGCUUGAUCACGGUGGCAGUUUUAGUUUCGUGGAAGGCCAAUAUCUUGAAGUACAUUUUCAAUUGAUCAAACGCUAUUUCUCAAUUGCAUCAUGUAGAGAUGGAGAUGUCUUUGAUGGCAAGACACUUAGUUUAUGUGUCCGUCGUGGGGAACUUUUCGCAGACAAUGUCAGUAACUAUCUCUGUAACGUUAAAGCUGGAGAUGUAGUUGAAAUUUCAGGUCCUUUAGGAAAACGAAUGGUAUUCCCAGAACCUCAGGAAGGCAAACAUAUCAUGGUUGCAACGGCAACUGGCAUUGCUCCUUUCCGCAGCAACACCCAGCGAUUAUUCUUAGAUCCACACGUACCACCAAAACAUAAAUUCCAAGGAUUGGCCUGGUUGAUUGAUGGAGCUGACAACUAUAACAGCCUUCUUUACAACAAGGAAUUCACUAAUAUCCUGGAGAACAAUCCUGACCACUUCAUGUACCAGAGGGCCUUGAAUAAUAACUCUGUAGCCGACCUCAUCUACGAGAACGGUGAUGAAAUAUUCACACUUUUGGAUGGAGGCGCAUAUAUAUAUUUUGCUGGAUCACACACAAUGAUGCCUGGAAUUCGGGAGACAUUUCAAAAGAUUGCUGACGAAAGAGGUGUGGAUUGGCCAAAGAAGCUAACCGAGCUGAUUAAAAAUCAACAUUGGCGUGUUGAAGUUUACUAGCUCAUAACUUCAAUACAAUGGUUUUAUGUUAAAUCAGUUGUGGCAAUGGCAUUGAGUAGUGCUUUUUAUUUAUCAUAGUUUAAUAAGUGCCACUUCCGUUUGUGUUUGUGUCUUGUGUCAGUGUCUGCGUCUGCGUCUGCAUGGUUUCUAAGUCCGGUUGUAAUAUUAAUAAAUGUAUUUGGUAUGAGAUAAUGU